UGAUACGAAGUAAAUAUAUUGUACUCUGGACGCUAAAUGCAGUGACUCCCGCGUGUUUGGUGUCGCCUUGGAUCGUAGAAGUACACGUGUAGUUUCUACUUAUUUCAAAAUGGCAGAAAGCGAUAAAAGUAAGAAAAAAAGCAAAAAGAAAUCUCUUGGAGAGAUUCAAGCAACAAUGAAAUGUCAAUUGGAACCUUCAGAUGAAAUUAUAAAACUUGAAUACAAGGAUUGGCCUCUUUUAUUUAAAAAUUUUGAUAAAAUGCUUACUCGUACAAAACAUUUUACACCUUUAACUAGUGGAUCAACACCAUUACACCGUACUUUAUCUGAAUAUAUAAAGUCUGGUUGCAUUAAUCUAGACAAACCAUGUAAUCCAUCAUCUCAUGAAGUUGUUGCAUGGAUAAAAAGAAUUUUAAAAGUAGAGAAAACUGGUCAUUCUGGUACUUUAGAUCCUAAAGUAUCUGGAUGCUUAAUAGUAUGCAUUGAUAGAGCAACAAGAUUAGCUAAAUCACAACAAUCUGCUGGAAAAGAAUAUAUUGCAGUUUUUAAAUUACAUUCUGCACCAGAAAGUUUACAAAAGGUAAGUCAAGCAUUAGAAAAAUUACGUGGUGCACUCUUUCAACGGCCACCACUUAUCUCUGCAGUGAAGCGUCAGCUUCGUGUAAGAACAGUUUAUGACAGUUGGUUCCUUGACUAUGAUGAAGAACGUAAUAUGGGAGUGUUUAGAGUUAGUUGUGAGGCUGGUUCAUAUAUUAGAACUAUUUGUGUUCAUCUCGGCCUCUUCUUAGGCACUGGUUGUCAAAUGCAAGAAUUACGUAGAAAUCGUUCAGGUGUUCAAUCUGAAAAUGAUGGAAUGGUUACUAUGCAUGAUAUACUUGAUGCUCAAUGGUUAUAUGAAAACCAUGGAGAUGAAUCUUAUUUGAGAAGAGUAAUUAAACCAUUAGAAGCACUUUUGAUAAAUCAUAAAAGAAUUAUUGUAAAAGAUAGUGCAGUAAAUGCUAUUUGUUAUGGAGCUAAAAUUAUGUUACCAGGAAUUUUAAUGUAUGAUGAUGGUAUUGAAUUGAAUCAAGAAAUUGUAAUAGUGACUACAAAAGGUGAAGCUAUAGCACUUGCUAUAGCUCUAAUGACAUCUCCUACAAUGACAACUUGUGAUCAUGGUGUAGCUGCUAAAAUUAAAAGAGUAAUAAUGGAAAGAGAUGCAUAUCCAAGAAAAUGGGGUUUGGGACCCAAAGCUUCUAUAAAAAAGCGUAUGAUAAUUGAAGGAAAAUUAGAUAAAUAUGGGAAACCAAACGAAAAUACACCUGCUGAUUGGUUGGCAAAUUAUACAGAUUAUUCCACAUCUGCAAUUAAGACUGAAGAAAAUGGAGUUACUGAUCCUGUAUCUAAGAAACGAAAAUGGGAAGAGUUAGUUUCACAAUCUACAACAGAGGUUUCAAUAAAAGAAGAAAAAAUUGACGAGUCAGAAUUAACGUCACCAAAAGAGAAGAAGAAAGAUAAAAAAGAAAAGAAAAAAAAGAAGAAGAAAGAAAGGACAGAAUCUGAAGCUGAUGAAUCUAUGGUAGUAGAAGCUGCAACUGAGGAAUCGCCGACAAAAGAAGAAAAAAAGAAAAAGAAAAAGAAGAAAGAUAAAGAUCAACAUCAAGAAGAACCACUUGCAAGUUGAAAUAAUUUCUCAAAUAUAUAAUUAUUAAAGUAUAACUAUUUCAAUUUUUUAAGAAUAAGAAAAAUGCUACGUUACUUUAUGAAAGUAAAUGCAAAUCUCUUAUUCAAAGAUAAUUCUUUAAAAAUGUAUACAUAUUCUGCAAUCUUUGAAAGCUGUAAAAAAUAUCCAUAUUCUGCAAUAUAUAUAUAUUAUGGAACAUUAUAUAAAAUUGAAAAAAAAAUAUUUUAUAUGUUCUGUAAACUUGUACAAAUCAUAAUUCAAAUCAAUUAUAUUUAUAGUGGUCAUUUAAAUUAUAUUAAAAAAUUCAAUAAUGCUAUACUAUCUUUUAUUAGUAAUUGAAUAAGAAUUAUUAGCCGAGUAUUAUAAAUUUUACAAAUAAUGAAAAUAUAUUGAUACAAUAUUUAGUAUCAAUAAAUGUAUAUAAAUAAUGAAUCCCAUUUGCAAAGUACUGAUAUAGUAUAACAAAUUGAAUUAGGAUUCUUUUAUUGUAAUAAUAUUUUUUAAAUUAUGCAUUUAAUACUAUGCAGUACUGCACAGGGUUAACAUUUUUGUAUCAUGAAAAAUAUUGUCAUCUGUUGUUUUAUUUU